AUGAGACGAAAGAACGAAACACGACAAUUGAAGGCAUUGAAGGAAUUACAAGGUAUACAACAAUUGAAUACCCUAAAAACUGUUCAAGAGAAAGUACGUACUCUUGAUUCUUCUGUACAUUCCUUACUUAACAAUGAACUUGCUCGAAAUCAGGACUUUUUAGCUCUUCAUAACAUUACAACUAAUUCUAUGAAUCUAAUGAACGAAUUGGAAAAAGGAACAAGAAACAAAUUUCUUACACUUGAAAGUCUCGAAGUCAAGCAUGGUAAUAGCAUCGAUUCAAUUUAUAACAAAACGAUUCAAUCAGAGAGUAGAAUAAAUACCUUAGAAAAUACAAUCACUGCAAACAUUUCGAGUUUGAAAGAACAUCAGAUACUUACACGGGACAAUAAUAAAAGAGUGGCGCUCACUGCAUGUGGUGGUGGUAAUGGCAUUUCAUCUGGAACAGCAUUGACGUUUGAUUCAGUAAAGAGUAGUUACGGCAUAUCUAAUCUGGCUUCUUUUAAAUCAACUGGAUAUUUUACUUGCGAAACUCCAGGUCUUUAUCUUAUAUCAGUAGUAAUAAUGACGCACACGGAUGAUGCUAAUGUUUAUAUCAACAAGAACAACAAUCACGUUAUUUAUGCGUACAUUAGCGAUAGUCAAUCAGCAAGUAGUCCAGCAGUUCUAGUGACUGGGUUGGAAAUAGGUGACACUAUAAACAUCACACCUGCUAAGUAUAUGUAUGUUUAUUCAGACCGAUCAUGUGUCACGAUUGUUAAAGUUGCAUAG